AUGUGUCCGUCAUGGAGAAUCAGAGCCGAGUUUUCGCUGAGAUUCUACCGGCUGCUGCUCGGGAAUUCGCCGUUAAGGAAAAGGAGCAUGGCUUCGAAAUGCGAGCAGUUAAUAGCCAAAACACAGGCAACGUUAACCAGGCUCGGGAGAUUCAGGUCACGGGAACAGCGGAGGUGUGUUGCCCGGCGGACCGAGUGUCUGUGCGGGUCAAUGUGGCCAACAGCAAAGAGUCCGUCAACGAGGUGACCAACAGCAUAACACGGAGACUUGAGUACAUUUUACAAAGUGUCAGACAACAUGGUGUCAGUGAAAGAGACACCUCGGUGAGGAGGUUUCUCCACCGGGAGGCAGAACAGUAUCACAUGGAAGCAGAGGUCAAGGUUACUUUCUCCGAUUUUGAUAAGAUGGAGCGAGUGUGUAGCGUCCUGCUGGAGAAGCUGGACAAGAGUGUUUGUGUGGGAACGCCACAUUUCUUCCACAGUGCUGAAAGCCUGAGUCAAAUGAGGCGGCGAGCGUGUGUGUCAGCGGUUGAAAAUGCUCAGCAGAAGGCCUGCGAGGUCAGUCAGCUCCUGGGGCAAACUCUGGGACCCCCCCGUCAGGUCAGGGAGGAGGAGACAAGGGAGUGGAGGAGUGAGGAUGAGGAAAAUGGAGGCAGAUGCCGGGAUUCUGCACCCCUUCCUCACAUUCCCAAUAUCAGAGCCUCCUCACGGGUGUCUGUCUCCUUCAGCCUCAGAGACAGGAGCAGGAAAAAACUCUAAACACAAUCAUUUCCCUGACU